AUGACAGAGCUACUGAAGAAGUUCCUGCAGCUUAGAGAAAACCGGGAGGAUAUACUGAAUGCCAGAGACAAAUUAACAGAGGUCCUUGAAGAGGCCAACACUCUGUUUAAUGGAGUGUCCCGAGCAAGAGAAGCAGUCCUAGAUGCCCAGUUUCUCGUUUUGGCUUCAGAUUUGGGCAAAGAGAAAGCAAAGCAACUGCGUUCUGAUCUGAACUCAUUUGAUAUGUUAAGAUAUGUUGAAACUCUACAGACACAUAUGGGUGUAAAUCCACUAGAAGCUGAAGAACUCAUCCGUGAUGAAGAUAGUUCUGAUUUUGAAUUCAUAGUCUAUGACUCCUGGAAAAUAUCAGGCAAAAGAGCAGAAAACACCUUUAGUAAAACCCAUACAUUCCACUUGUUGGGUUCAAUACAAGGAGAGUUCCCUGUGCCAAAGCCACGAAGUGAACGUCCAAGAAAAGGUCCCACGACAGAAUAGAAGACAAUGCCUGACCAGUUAAGUGAAAUGGAAGAAUCACAUCAAGAAGCGACAGAGAAAGAAGUGGAAAGAAUUUUGGGAUUGUUGCAGACAUAUUUCCGAGAAGAUCCCGAUACUCCUAUGUUGUUCUUUAAUUUUGUGGUUGAUCCACAUUCUUUCCCCCGAAUAGCAGAAAACAUCUUUCAUGUUUCCUUCAUUAUAAGGGAUGGUUUUGCAAGAAUAAAGCUUGACCAAGACCGACUACCAAUAAUAGAACCUGUUAAUAUUAAUGAAGAAAGUGAGGGAAUUGACCAAAACACCCAAAUUAGGAAUCAAGGAAUUAUAGCUCUGAGCUACCGUGACUGGGAGGAUGUGAAGACCUUCGAGAUAUCAGAGCCUGUGAUUGCUUCAGGCCAAAGCCAGCAGAGGCUAAGCACUUGA